GAGAGAGAGAGAGGGAGAGAGAGAGAGGGCGCCUGUUCACCGCGGUCCAUCCAAUGGUGAGGAGCUGACUGAGUCGCUAUGGUGACGAGAUUGUUUCGACUGAAGCUGUGAUGGGUUGACAGGUGCGUGACAGUCGCGUCUGUGCAAGCAUGUACGCCAAAGGCAAGAACAGCGUGCCAUCGGACAGUCAAGCCCGAGAAAAGUUAGCUCUCUAUGUGUAUGAAUAUCUGCUACAUGUGGGAGCUCAGAAAUCAGCACAGACCUUCCUGUCGGAGAUCCGAUGGGAGAAGAACAUAACAUUAGGAGAGCCGCCAGGGUUCUUGCACUCAUGGUGGUGUGUUUUCUGGGACCUCUACUGUGCUGCUCCUGAGAGGAGAGAAACUUGUGAGCACUCAAGUGAAGCCAAAGCUUUUCAUGACUAUAGUGCAGCAGCAACACAGAGUCCAGUGAUUGGAAGUCCUCCUGGAGACGGUAUGCCUUUGCCCCCGGGAUUUUUCCAGCAGUUUAUGUCUCCUCGAUACCCAGGUGGGCCCAGAGGCUCUCUCAGAAUACCCAAUCAGGCUUUGGGGCCUGGGAACCAGCCUCUCCUACCCAGUGGGAUGGAUCCUACCAGACAGCCAGGCCAUCCCAGCAUGAGUGGACCUAUGCAGCGGAUGACCCCUCGAGGAAUGGUUCCUAUUGGACCACAGAAUUAUGGUGGUGGGAUGAGACCUCCCCUAAAUGCCCUAAUGGGACCCGGAAUGCCUGGGAUUAACAUGGGUCCUGCAGGAGGAAGACCAUGGCCCAAUCCUCCAAAUAACAAUUCGAUCCCUUAUUCAUCUGCGUCUCCAGGCAGUUAUUCGGGUCCCCCACCAGGAGGAGGCCCUCCCGGCACACCCAUCAUGCCCAGUCCUGCAGAGUCAAACAACUCGAGUGACAACAUGUACACCAUGAUCAGCUCAGUCCCUCCAAAUGGAAACAGACCAAAUUUUCCUUUAGGUUCAGGUGCUGAUGGCCCAAUAGGCAGCAUGGCAGGCAUGGAGCCUCAUCAUAUAAAUGGUUCAUUAGGAUCUGGUGACAUUGAAAGCCUCCCAAAGAGCUCACCAGGAAACCUCAGCAUGAAUAAUCAGCCUGGCACACCAAGAGAUGAUGGAGAAAUGAGUGGCAACUUCCUCAACCCAUUUCAGAGUGAAAGUUACUCUCCAAACAUGACAAUGAGUGUGUGAAAGGACAGCGCAGGAGUGAAACUACACGUUUUUACCAUGUUAAUUGACAGAAUCUUCUCUCAACCGGCUCUUUGGUUUUGUACUUAUUUAGUCUUUGGUGAGCUAUCGUGAAUUACAGUGAAGUCAUCCUGCUCCAAAUCUAAACAAACUCAAGCAAGCCAUGAAAGGAAGCAGAAGACAUUUUUUUGUCAUUCCAUGGUUAAUGUCUGUGUCUUGUUUGGAUUCACACAAGGCUGGACAUCAAUCAUUUUUUUUAAUUCUCAAAUCUUUCCACUUAUGUAUCUUUUUCCUUUUUUAUAUAUGUAAUUUUUUUUUUCUGUUCUAUGCAGCAUAGCUGAUACCAAGGAAGCCCUCGGUAUCCCAUACAAAGUUUCCCCGAUGAUAAGUCCCACUUUUAGAUGCAGCAUAAUUUACUGUUACACACUGUUAUGGUUGAACAGCAGAUUUUUUGUUGUUGUUGUUGGAGUAAUGGGUGCACAUGUGGUGGUUUUCCUCAAGAUUUUUCAAGGCAUUCAUUCAAUAUGUUGUUUUCACAAGUUUAAACAAGUUUUUUAGACUCAAUGUCAUGGAUUUGACCAGACAACCACUAUUGGCAAAAUCACCUUGUAACAAACAUUGUUUUGGCAAACCACAGUCUGGCUUCAUUUCCGCUGGGCUGUGGAGUAAGACAAAUGUACAGUAUAUCCCUAAAAGCAAAAGACUGAACUUACAUUUUUAGGACUCACUUCAAGUGUUCUUGUCAUGUUGGAUUUGUUCUUGUAAAUACAGCUAUCUGUUAAGAAUUUGGAUAUGCUGAUAUAAAAAUCAUUUUCACCAUUUGUA